AUUGGGGGUUAUUUCCCAUUCUCCGACCAUUUCAAAACCCUACUUCAAACCCCUAAGGAGGGCUCUCUCGGGAAAAAGAACACGCCGAAAUCGGGCGAAAUGGCUUCUUCUAUACCAAUUCGAUCUCGCCUUGUCCCAAGUUUACUUAAGCUUCGAUCUCCCAACCCAAGGAGGAUGCUGUUAUCUACGGAAGCUUCUUCUUCUUCUUCAUCGAAGGGCCAGCAGCAGUCUCUCUUUUCUGAUUUUCCACCGCCAAAUGAGCUUCCUCCUCCUCCACCUGAGGCAGCAGCCGCGGAGGCUCUAGGGAAGGAGCGGAAAGGUCUAAAGUAUCUAAGUAACGGACUAAUCUGGGCAAUCACUGGUGCUACCGCUGCUGUUGGUUACACUAGCUAUGCUUACACAUUAGAUGAGGUGAAUGAAAAGACUAAGUCCUUCCGUGAAUCAGCUAUGAAGCCACCACCUGCUCUUGAUUCUUCCGGCAUUGAUAAAUAUCAGGCAAUGUUGUACUCUGCUGCCAUCAAAGUCCCUGCCAGAGCCAUUGAAAUGUAUCUGGAGCUUAGGGAACGUGUGGAGGAACACGUUAAAGGAUUUACAGAACCUCUCUCAGAAAAGCUUCUUCCAGAUUUGCAUCCCUCAGAACAGAAUGUAGUCUACACUCUCGUUCUUGAUUUGAAUGAGACUCUGCUUUACACUGACUGGAAGCGAGAAAGAGGGUGGAGGACGUUCAAAAGACCAGGUGUGGAUGCAUUCUUGGAGCACCUUGGCAAAUUCUAUGAGAUUGUCGUCUAUUCUGACCAAAUGGAUAUGUAUGUAUAUCCGGUCUGUGAGAAGUUAGACCCGAAUGGCUACAUUCGUUAUAAGCUAGCAAGAGGCGCUACUAAAUAUGAGAACGGAAAGCACUACAGGGAUCUGUCUAAGCUGAACAGAGACCCCAAGAGGAUUCUGUAUGUUAGCGGGAAUGCUUUUGAGACAAGCCUUCAGCCAGAGAAUUGCGUGCCAAUCAAGCCUUACAAACUCGAAUCUGAUGACACUGCGCUUGUCGAUCUUAUACCCUUCCUCGAAUAUGUUGCACGUAACGGUCCAGCGGAUAUCAGACCGGUUCUAGCCUCUUACGAGAGAAAAGAUGUUGCCAAAGAGUUCCUUGAGAGAUCCAUAGAGUAUCAAAAGCGAAUGCAAGGACAAAGACAAGGCCGACUCUGGAGACGUUGAAAGGAUCUAUAAAACAUUUUAUGUAUAGUGAGAGACGAUUAUAUCCUCAUUGAUGCAUUACACCAUAAAACAGGUAAUAGGUAAACUUGGAACUAAAAUCGCAUCUCUCUCAUAAAAAAAAAAAAAGAAGGCUGUGUUAUGUUUUUACCAAAUUUUUGCUCUUGUGACCUUUGUCUCGGCUGUAAAACUUUCUUUUUGUUUGAGUUAACAAAUAUAUUUGUGUUCGAUUCUGUUUUGGUUGAUUACCAAAUGAAUAAUGAAUUUGAAAAAGUUAAUUGGUUGAAACGGCUA